GAUACUAUUCUGUUAAAAUUUCUCUCGUUUCUCAAGUUGUCAAUUUCAUACUGCAACUUUGAGAAGAUAAAUCGUGCUCUCUGAUCAUUUAACAUUUUCCUUCACUCAAUGGCGCAUCCAUCUUCUGAUCUCCCUCUGAGAAAGUUCUUCGACUCUGAUGCAGAGAAGUCCGAAGUUAAGGCGGUUCUUGCACAUUUUGAAAUUCCGCUUUCAAAUGCAAGCACUCGAGAUUUGGAGGAAGGAAUCAAUGGCACAGAUAACACGGAUGGAAAUGUUUCCAGAGCAGAUGGAGGUAGAGAUGCUUGGCUGUUCUUAGCUGCCUGCUUCUUAUUUGAAGCAUUAAUCUGGGGAUUUCCGUUCGCUUUCGGAGUUUUUCAGACGUACUACUCUACUCACUCGCCAUUCGAUGAACAUGCAAGCGGUAUAGCCGUUAUAGGAACUUGUGCUACGGGAAUCAUGUACCUGUUUGCACCCAUUUCCCUCUACGUUCUGGAGACGUUCCCACCAAUUCGCAGGCUUUCAUCAAUAGUGGGCCUUGUUAUUGUAUUGAUAGCGCUAGUUGCAGCUAGCUUCGCCACAGAAGUUUGGCACCUCAUUGUUACUCAAGGCUUCCUAUAUGCUAUUGGAGGCAGCCUUUUGUACUCCCCAACAAUGUUCUAUCUUGAUCAAUGGUUUGUCAAGCGAAAGGGUCUCGCACUUGGUGUUAUGUGGUCAGGCGUGGGAACUUCAGGCCUCAUUUUCCCAUUUCUCCUGUCAUAUCUUAUCGAUCGAUGCGGAUUCCGCGGUACUCUUCGCAUUUGGGCUGCUACCCUGUUCCUACUCUGUUGCCCAUUGAUAUACUAUAUCAAACCGAGGAUUCCGACAAAUUAUUCCAGCCAGCCACCCUCAAAACCAAGCUACACAUUCCUUAGGUCACCCGUAUUCUGGUUUCUACAGAUAGCAAACAUCUUGUCCUCACUUGGGUUCUUUGCACCUUCCAUUUAUCUUUCAUCGUAUAGCGCUUCGCUUUCGUUCUCUCCUGUGCUUGGAACGUUACUAAUCGCACUUCUGAAUUCCUUUUCCGUGAUCGGAGCCAUUUCGCUAGGUCAUCUUUCGGAUAUCAGACAUAUAACUACCGUCGUUCUUCUCUCUUCUAUUCUAUCUACUCUAUCUGUAUUCAUGCUGUGGGGUCUUUCAGCUUCCCUUCCAUCUCUCAUUAUAUUCACCAUCAUCUAUGGAAUUUUUGCGGGAGGAUGGAGUGCUAUUUGGGCAGGUAUGAUAAGAGAGGUCCAACGCGCAGAUAGCAACGCUGGCUUUGGUGUAUUGAUGGGUCUAUUUAGCGCGGGAAGAGGAGUGGGAAGUGUGGUAUGUGGGCCAGUUACUGAAUGGCUGGUUCAAUAUGGAGGCUUUGGGGGCAUGGGAGGCGGUUAUGGCACCGAGUAUGGAGCGGUGAUUGUCUUCACCGGAGUUAGUGCUGCUUGUGGAUUGAUAGGGGUAGGAGCAAGAUUUUGGAGAAUAGAAAGAACUUGAGAGAUACAUGAUGCACGAAGCAACUUAACAUCUAUCAGAGCUGCCAUAUAGCACACUUCGGUGCCUCAAUUCAUGUCUGUUCAUCGGAUGGCGCCUGGGGUGAUUUUGAAGAUUUUGAACAGAUGGCGCUCUGGUGUAAGAGUCUAUCACAUGAUUGAGUGUAAAUCAGACAAUUUACAAUGGUGUCACGGGUUGAUAAAUGGAGCAUACUUUUCCACAGGCAGCAAGGAGUCAUGUUUACUAAAAUGGGUUUCCGGAUUAGAUCACAGAUACGAGCUUAUAUUUUUGGUGUAUGAAAACGAAAAAUGCA